AACAAAAGCCUUCAAACGAACAUUAUUCCCUUCUUAUCCAUCCAUGGCGAUGAAUUGCGAAACGAGGUCUCUCAGUUCGCUUGAGCUUCUACUCGCGAAGCUCCAGCAGUCGUCGGACGAGCAAUACGACGACGGCCCGCCGGCGCUGCCGCCGCGGCCGGUGGUGAGAGCGCGGCGUCCGCGAACCCCGAAGAGGCCUCGUCCCUUUCACCUCCAGAGCAAUUACGCUGAUUGCCGAGAUCGGGAGGACGGGGAGAUCGACGAUUUGUUUGGAAGCAGGGGAAUUGCAGACGGGGAUUUGCUUGAUUCCGAUCUGCCGGAGAAGAAAAGUGACAAUGAGAUACAAAAAGGAGUGGAGAUAAUCCAGAGAUGUUACCAUGGCCAUCAAGCCCGCCUUUACUAUCAUGAACUCAAGAGAGCAGCCAUUGCACUUCAAUCAUUUAUACGAGGUGAGAAUGCAAGAAAAUAUUACCAACAGGCUGUUACACUGAAGGAAGAAGAUGACAAGAGAUUAGAGAAUCUAAGAGCUGUCAUAUGUCUACAAUCUGGAAUUCGGGGUUGGUUGACACGAAGGCAAUUCGAAAAGGAAAUGACGAGUCACAUGAAUUCAAGACACACCACAAGUCAUGGCUCGAAGGAUGAAGACACUAAGAUGUUAGUCGAUCUUCGGAGAAGACUGCAAAUAUCAGAAACUGCUUUGGCAAGAGCGAAUGACGAAAAUGCUUCACUGAAGAGAUACAUUUCAGAGUGUGAUAAGAGAUUGGAGGAGUAUGAAUCAAAGAUGCAGUCCCUCGAAAAGACAUGGCAAGAUCAAGUCACAACUCUAAAGACAAGUCUAGCGGCAAUCAAGAGAAGCCAAAUAGUUGCAGAGAAUGGAUCACCAAGAAUUGCAACUUCUAGCGUCGCGCACUACGAUGGUGAACCGCUAGCGAACGCCGACACGACCGAUGGCCCGACCCAAGAAAAUGUCGGGUCGGGCAAAGGGGACCCACAAAAACUGAAGCUGAGGUUUAAAGCUUGGAAUUUGCAGGGGGUAAAAUCGGCAUUGAAGCAUCUAAGAUAUGCUCUAAGCUUUGUGCCGGUGAAAAGAAUAGUGUUUUCAAGUACAAGUGGUGUUGAAAAGGCUGUUUUUCCGCCGGCGGCGGCGGCGCUUGAGAAAUCGCAGCUUGAAGCAUUGCCUCAGGAUAUUCUGAUUAGAAUAGUUUGUGGUGUUGAUCAUGAAGAUUUGAUCUCUCUGUUUCGCGUAUCAAAGACCAUUCAAGAAGCUAAAAUUCGCGAGCACUAUGACCCAACGGCCCAACAUCUUGGAGUGAGAUCAACGCCUCUUUCCCUUCUUCGUCCCCGAUUCAUUUCAUAUUUUCCUCAGCUCGAAGAUUUUCUCUCUCUAGAACGGGGAAAUCCGCUUUUGAGGAGGAAAAUGCAGGGAGUAACUCUGGUUCAGAGGUUUUCUCGAACCUUCCGCGAGAAUCCGUCGUUUUCUAAGCUUCUCAUCGUUCUCACCAUCAGUGGUGGAGGCCUUGUGGCGUACUCUGAUGCAACACAGCAACAGGAUAGCAUUAACCAUCAUGCUUUGACUGAUGCAGCCAACAAGAAAAAGAAAGUGGUUGUACUUGGAACAGGUUGGGCUGCAACAAGUUUCUUGAAGAAUCUUAAAGAUCCCUCAUAUGAUGUCCAGGUGAUAUCACCACGCAAUUACUUUGCUUUUACUCCCUUGCUGCCAAGUGUGACGUGCGGCACGGUUGAAGGUCGCAGUGUUGUUGAACCCAUUCGCAACAUUAUCAGAAAGAAAAACAUAGAUAUGCGUUACUGUGAGGCUGAAUGUAUAAGGAUUGACGCAAAGAACAAAAAGGUAUACUGUAGAUCUAAUUUGAACAACAAUUUGAAUGGGAAAGAAGAGUUUGCAGUAGAUUAUGACUACCUUGUGAUUGGCAUUGGAGCUCGUGUAAAUACAUUCAAUAUUCCUGGUGUGGAAGAACAUACAUUUUUCUUGAAGGAAGUGGAGGAUGCUCAGAGGAUCCGUAGAGCUGUUAUUGAUUGCUUUGAGAGAGCGAGUCUGCCUAACCUCACUGAUGAAGAGAGGAAAAAUAUUCUUCACUUUGUUAUUGUUGGUGGCGGCCCAACUGGUGUGGAAUUCGCAGCACAACUCCAUGAUUUUGUCAGUGAAGAUGUUGUUAGGCUAUAUCCCAAGGUCAAGGAAUUUGUGAAGAUUACACUAGUGGAAGCAACAGAUCAUAUAUUGAACAUGUUUGACAAGAGAAUCACAGCUUUUGCUGAAGACAAGUUUGGGAGAGAUGGAAUUGAUGUUAAAACAGGAUCAAUGGUUGUUAAAGUUUCAGAUAAGGAAAUUUCUACAAAAGAUGCUAAACGAGGGGACAUAACUUCUACACCUUAUGGAAUGAUUGUUUGGUCAACUGGCAUUGGGUCUCGUCCUUUAGUAGUGAAUUUUAUGAAGGAAAUUGGUCAGGGCCAUAGACGCGUCUUAGCAACUGAUGAGUGGUUGAGAGUUGAAGGGUGUGACACUGUAUAUGCACUCGGGGACACUGCCACAAUCAAUCAACGGAAAGUUAUGGAGGAUAUUGCAGUAAUAUUUCGAAAGGCAGACAAGGACAACUCUGGAACACUAACGGUAAAAGAAUUCCAAGAGGUGCUAAAUGAUAUAUGCGAAAGGUACCCUCAAAUGGAUCUCUACUUGAAGAACAACCAAAUGAGUAGCCUGUCUGAUUUGUUGAGAGAACUAAAAGGGGGCAAUGCUAAAGGAUCUGUUGAGAUUAACAUCGAGGAAUUCAAAGCAGCUCUCUCCAAAGUCGAUUCUCAGAUGAAGAAUCUUCCUGCCACUGCUCAGGUUGCAUCCCAACAAGGUGUGUACCUUGCAGAUUGCUUCAACCGCAUGGAGAAGUGCGAGAAGGAUCCAGAGGGUCCAAUUCGGUUCAGGGGGGAAGGGCGCCACCGUUUCCGCCCCUUCAGGUACAAGCAUUUCGGACAAUUUGCACCGCUGGGAGGGGAGCAAACAGCAGCACAGCUGCCGUGGGAUUGGGUCUCAAUCGGCCACAGCUCUCAAUGGCUCUGGUAUUCCGUGUACGCAAGCAAGCAAGUCAGUUGGCGUACCCGGGCCUUGGUGGUGUCCGACUGGAUGAGGCGAUUCAUUUUCGGGAGGGACUCUAGCCAAAUCUAAUCAUAUGCAUGAACAAGCUCUUUACAUUCCUUCAUCCUCCUCUUCCUCCACACUUCUUCUGCUCAUCACCCUUUUCCAUUUUGCAGCUAUAUAUAAUAAUAGUGACAAUGGAUAGUCAUAAUAAUCGUUUUUUUUUUGGUUUUUGGCAGUGAAAAGCCAAGCUACUUUUGAGAUUUAUACUGGAGGUAGAUGAUGGUUCAUCAUUCCUUAGCAUGGUCUAAUGUUGUCAUGAUUUUGUUUGUUAGCCUAUAUAAAUAUCUUUCCCAACCUUUAUUGUUCAAUUGU